AUGCAUCGUCUUUUUGCUGAGUUGGAGCCAUCUUUAACCGUCACAGAGCAAAACCUGGCAGACCGAGUUCGGUAUAUCUCGCGCUCAAAUAUAUUUGAUGUCGCCGAACUCGAACGGCUACGACGUGAGGCUGUUCCCUCGUCGGAUGAGAAUGCUACGGCUGAGGAUGCGGCGCCACAAAUGGUAGAGCAACCCGCAAACGUGGAUGCCGACGUGAAUACCCCAAUUGUGGUUGAUUCAAACGAUGAUGGAACAGUCGCCCAGGAACUGGAAUUAGAGCAUAUGAGGAGUACAUUGGAAGAGGCGAUUGUGGAAACGCGUAGUACGCCUCUCGAAAAUCGACCGCGACUUCCCCGCAUAGCCCUAAGCAAGCGGAAUCGGGCUGUCGUGAGGGCUCUGAACCCAAUGCUGGUGAUCUAUUUGGAAGCCAGCCGGGACCUUUGCGAGACGGACUCAAUUCUUUUUGGCGCCGCGCUGGCAGUCUGCCGUAUCAUAGGCGCCAAGGUUUCCACGGCUGGACGCGCUACUGGCCAUAGUAGCGCUAUCCCAGCAUGGAGAAGAAGAAUUGAGGAACGUAUCGCAAAGGCUAGAGCUCUCAUCGGCAGACUGAUAUGCUUCAGAUCAGGCAACAACGGGCCAAGAAUUGUGCGCACCGUCAGGAUGGCGUUUGCUGGGACAAAUGUCAGUUUUUCCCAGCCGGAUAUAACGCAAAAACUGACGGAACGCAUAGAUGAUCUGAAGCAGAGAAUCGCUGCUUGGGGAAAGCGGAUUCGGCGAUAUACCGAGAGGUCGACACGGUUCAACCAGAAUCGUCUUCAGAGUGAUCAGAAGAGGCUCUAUGAAUCAUUGGAGCGACCAAUGGUAAGUGGAACGGGUCCAGCACCGAAUCAGGCCGACACUGUAGCAUUCUGGCGCGGCCUGUGGUCAGAGCCCGUAAACCACAGCGAGGGCCCUUGGACGGAAGUUGUGGCGAGUCAGUAUGCGGGUAUUACGCCCAUGGACCCCGUCAUCAUAACGCCGGAUGACGUAGCUGAGGCGGUCCGUAGGGCCCCGAACUGGAAAAGUCCGGGGCUUGACGGGCUGCAUCACUACUGGCUGAAGGGGUUCAUGGUGUGUCACUCUGUGCUCGCCCGACAGUUUCAAGAGGCUCUCAACCAGAAGUCGCUCCCAAGCCUCUUCACUACUGGGAUCACUCAUUUGGUUCCUAAAGACCAGGAGUGCAUAAAUUUUAAUAAUGAUACUGCUUCAAGAUCAAAAUUGAAGUGUCCUGCUUGCACUGCUUCUUGUCGAAAAGGUGGUGAUAACAGUAACACUCCGAUACGAACUAAUAAGUCUCCUUCCAACAUCGUUUACGAUAAAACUACGUAUAGAUCAUCAAACAAAAGUUCUGACCAGCCUACAUGUAUCACUGAGACCAGUAGUUGCCAACCAUAUAAUUUGGAAUUAAUUAAUAGCAUAGACUUACUGUUAGACAAAAAACUCAGUGCUAUAAAAUGCGAUAUAAUUCAAGAGUUGAAGUUAUCACUUAUCACUGAAAUAAAAAAUGAAAUAACUAGUAACCUUAAACAGCUGAAAGAAUCACAUAACAGUUUGCUAAAUGACUACAACAGUCUUAAAAGUAAUUUUGAAAAACUUCAACAAAAUGUCCAGAAUGGCGAGAUAAAACUGGCGGAAUUAUGUGCGCAAAUAAAAAAAGAACAACAAUGGGGUAGACUUUCGAACUUAGAGAUUAUUGGUUUACCAGAAAACUCAAAAGAAUCAACUUCUGAAUUAAUAAUCAAAAUAGCCAGCCAUGCAGGAAUAAAGCUUACGGAUGAUCAAAUUGUUUUUGCGCACCGAGUUCAGCCUAUGCAGAAUGUUGGAGAAAUGUUCACAAAAAUCAUAACUCAAUGUCCAAAUGAUCAUUUUAUAAUUGCCGGUGACUUCAACCUAGCGAAUAUAUCUUGGUCCUCUUCAAGUCCCGUAAUGCUUAAGCAAAGUCCAGUAGAAUUACAAAAUGCUACAAUAAAGUUAACUGAUCUAUGCAACUUAUCAGGGCUAAAUGAACAUAAUUUAUUAGCAACAAUAGUGGCAACGUGCUAG